UGGUCACAGAAGCGACCAGAGAGAGAGAGAGAACGCCAGCAGGGGAUGGAGCAGAGGGCGGAGCAGAGACAAGCAGACUCUGUGCUGAGCAUCGAGCCCAAGGUGGGGUUAGAUCCCAUGACCCUGAGAUCAUGACCUGAACCAAAAUCAAGAGUCGGAUGCCCAACUGACUGAGCCACCCAGGUGCCCCUAAGGAAACCCUGGAGGAAGAACAUGAGUUCAGUUUCGAAAAAGAUGUCUUUGAAAUAAUCCAAGUGGAGGUGUCACAAAGGAAGAGUCUGCUGAAGGUGAGGGUCAUGGACUUUAUUACCUCCACGGCCAUCCUGCCCCUGCUGUUUGGCUGUGUGGGAGUCUUCAGCCUCUUCAAGCUGCUGCAGCGGAUGCGCACGAACGCCUACCUGCGGAACGCUGUGGUGGUCAUCACCGGUGCUACCUCAGGCCUGGGGCGAGAAUGCGCCAGAGUCUUCUACACUGCGGGUGCUAAGCUGGUGCUCUGCGGCCGAAACCGGGAGGCCCUGGAAGAGCUCACCGAAGAACUUACUGCUUCUCUGGCCACCCAGGUGCAGACACACCGGCCUUACACGGUGACCUUUGACCUCGCCGACCCUGGGGCCAUUGUCGCAGCGGCGGCGGAGAUCCUGCAGCGCUUCGGCCACGUGGACGUGCUCCUCAACAACGCCGGCAUCAGCUACCGCGGCGCCAUCGUGGACACCACCACGGACGUGGAUAAGAAAGUCAUGGAGACGAACUACUUUGGCCCAGUUGCUCUAACAAAAGCGCUCCUGCCCUCCAUGAUCAAAAGACGACAAGGCCACGUUGUUGUGAUCAGCAGCAUCCAGGGCAAAAUCAGCAUUCCCUUCCGAUCAGCAUAUGCGGCCUCCAAACAUGCAACCCAGGCAUUCUUUGACUGUCUUCGUGCCGAGAUGGAGCAGUAUGAGAUCGAGGUGACUGUCAUCAGCCCUGGCUACAUCCACACCAAUCUCUCUCUCAAUGCCGUCACUGCCGACGGGUCCACAUACGGAGUUAUGGACAAGACCACGGCCCAGGGCCGGAGCCCUGUGGAGGUGGCCCGAGAUGUUCUGGCUGCCGUGGGGAAGAAAAAGAAGGAUGUGAUCCUGGCCGACCUGUUGCCUUCCUUGGCCAUUUAUCUGCGAACUCUGGCUCCUGGGCUCUUCUUCAGCCUCAUGGCCUCCAGGGCCAGAAAGGAGCGGAAGUCCAAGAACUCUUAGUGGCGCGUCCGAGCUGGGCUAGGGAGCAGCACCUGGCUGGGUGCAGCUCCUCGACAAGGGACGGCUGCAUUUGUUGAGACCUUACUGGAUAUUUGUCUUAUGGGUGGGAGAGAUGAAACACACACUUCUGAAGAUCCCUGGCUAGGCCCCUGCUAAUAGAAUGAGAACCAAAGAGGGCACCCAGCUUCGUAGGGGUGAGGGGUAAACCUUAAGGAACAAAUGUGGAGCUGGGUUUAAACUAAGACUCUGAAAUAAAUGAGCAGAACGGUUAAGAGUUGUAGUCCUCGAGGGCUGCCAGCACCAUGCCUCCUUUGAAAUCCAGCCUCAGCCAGCUCCUAGAAAGUGUUUCAGUCUUGAAGACGGAAGACAUCCUGACAUCACAUGACCCACUUCUCAUAUUUGACUGAUCUGGAUCACAAACUAAUGGUUUUGGCAGAGUCACCUACAGUACUCGAGGGAGCAGGCUGUCCUUUUAAGAAGCUGUCAUCCGUAUCCACGGUCAGGGUCCUACAGUCCGUCAUCCAACACAACAAAUGGGCUCCUGUGUGUUCCGUCUUUCCACAUAACCCAAGUGAUGCUGGCUUUAGUACCUCAAAGGAAUUCCCUGGUUUCCCUGUGCACUCUCGCCUGAAGCCGUGUAGACCAGGCCCCACUCCAAGCAGAAGAUGAAUGUACAAGGACAUGGCAGCCAAAAGGGAGAGGCAAAGCACCCGGAUGGUCCCGCAGAUCUCUGGGAAGUGAGACUCCGAAGCCUGGUGCGCUUGGGGGGGGGGGGGGGGGGGGGGGCGGGGCGGUUCUUGAGGCCGCAGCUGGCCCCCGGUGACAGAAGUCAUUUGUUAGCUCUGCCUGUUCGAGUGGGGCCAGAAGGGAUGCCCGCCGCCACGUUUCUGAUUUAUGAAAAAUACAUGGUUGAAGUUCAGUGAGUAAAUCAACAUCAUACCUGAAGUUUAGGAUGACACUUUUCCUCUUAUCGAGGCUGAAAGUGGAAAUUGUGGGUGUUUUGUAUGGCUUCCCCGACGUGGAGUAAAAAUGCCCUAGCGCGUCGUCGUGGCAUCCUACGCCGUAUCCUGGCCCUGCAGAGCUUGUAUCUUAAACAGCUGUCCCUGAAAUAAAAAUGGCCAAAGCCAA